AUGGGAAAACGCAAGGAACUCAAGGAUGGUGAUGUCGACAUGGGAGGCACCGGGCGCCCCGUGGACGAUGAUGAGUCGGACGAGGAUAUUGAUAUGGUGAAUGUGGAUUUCGAAUGGUUCGAUCCUCAACCCGCAGUUGACUUUCACGGACUUAAGAAUCUCCUCCGGCAAUUAUUCGAUUCCGAUGCUCAGAUCUUCGACCUGUCCGCCUUGGCGGACUUGAUUCUCUCACAGCCCUUGCUCGGAUCAACGGUGAAAGUCGAUGGCAACGAGUCGGAUCCCUAUGCCUUCUUGACUGUGCUGAACCUGCAGGAGCACAAGGAUAAACCUGUCAUCAAAGACUUGACCUCCUACUUGCAGAGCAAGGCAUCCUCCAAUGCUUCUCUCGCCCCUCUGGCUCAGCUUCUCUCCCAGAACCCAAUUCCACCCGUCGGUCUGAUCCUCACCGAGCGCCUAAUCAACAUGCCCUCUGAGAUCGUCCCCCCGAUGUACACCAUGCUUCUGGAGGAAAUCGCCUGGGCCCUUGAGGAGAAGGAGCCGUACAAUUUCUCCCACUACCUGAUUGUCUCUAAGAAAUACGAGGAAGUCGAAUCCAAACUGGACAUGGAAGACUCGCGCCCACAGAAGAAAAAGAAGAACUCCGGGAACAAGGCCGAGCAGUUCUUCUUCCACCCCGAGGACGAAGUGCUCCAGCGCCAUGCUAUUUGCUCGGGCUCGAUAGAUUAUACGCACAAGCACGAUGAUGGCCAUUCGGACUCCAAACGGACGUUCCAGGACUUGGGCAUCAAGACCUCGGGGAGCUUGAUGUUGAUUGAGGCUUCCAAACUUGAGGCCGCAGUCAAAGAUGUGACAGAUUACUUGAAAGCUCCUGUAUAA